AUGUCAUAUCUUAUGAACAGGGUGGUACAACACCUGGAGGCAUCCACUGAAAACAGUGCCUAUUUUUGCCCAAGAAAAUUUCAGUCUCUGAAAUUUACUGGCCAGUUCCAGUUCUGGGCAGCUAUAGUUAAUACUCCAUCCAGUGAUUCCACCAGUAGUGGAAAGAGCAGCUCAGAUAGAGCAAACAAUAAUGCAUGGCCAGUUCUAUCUAGCAGCUUUCCUCCUGAGCCACCACUUUUUAGGAGUAUGUCUGCGGAGAUAUCAAAUGAGAUGGCUCCAAACUAUGAAUCCUUUAUUUGGACACUGAAAGAUGGAUCUAGCAAUACAAAUCCAGCAGCUGCCCAUCUCUCAGAUAUCUGUCUAGCAGUACCAGAGAAGGAGAUUCAGGUGUUUCAUACACCUCACAUGCCCAAUUCUAAGGAUCAUGUCAUAGGGCACCUCCAGAGUAAUCACAAGAAAUUCUUGCUAUUCUCUCUUAAGAAUGAAUACUGGCUGGGUAGAUGCCAUGAAAGAUUAUUCUAUGGCCAAAUUAAGAAGGAUAUCAGAAGCAAAUGCUCAGGAAGGCAAUGCUUCUUGAAUGUUGUACAUAAAAGGGUUUUGGAAGGACUGACAUCCUGGUACACUCACUACCAAUUGUUUCAAAUUCUGCAGAAGAAGGAGUCAAUAGUUAUAUAUGGUCUCAUCUGUAAUCACCUUGUCAUGAUGGUAUUAUGGACCUUCUGCAGGGGAAAGAGCGAGGGAAGGGAUAAGAGUAAUGGGGAGAGUGGUGAGGAGAGCAAUAAGGAGAUUGAUGGGGUGUGUGAGGGGGAGAGUGGCAGGGAGGAAGAAAGUAAUAACCUGAGAGAUAGUGAAUGCAACAGUGAGCAAGUGGGGAGUGAGGGGCCUGAAAGGAAGAGUAAUUAUGUGUCUAGUGAUGAUGAAGACCUGGACAAAUGA